UACACUUCGAAAGCAAAGUGACACAGACAGAAGCUGGGUCAGAGAGAAGCCUACACGCAGAUCGGAUGCCCACAGCCUGCCCGUGGCAUCAUGUUGCGUGCUGCUGGUAACAGCGGUUUCCUGCAGGGUGCGGUGGCACCGGCACUCAUCGCAGCGUCGCCAUCAUGGUGGACUGCUGUUGUAUUGUUAGUUUGUCUCCAGCUCCCCCAGCUGAGCCCAGUGCAGGCCACCAUCUGCCGGUCUCAGGGCUCCUCCGAGGCGGGUACCUGCCUCUGCGCGUCGGACAUCCUCAGCUGCACCGCCGUGGGCCUGGAUCAGGUCCCCGCAGAAAUGCCCGUCUCUGCUGUCACUCUGGAUCUCAGCCAUAACCAGAUUGUGCAGCUGGAGGUCGACAGCUUUCAAGGACUUUAUCGACUGGAGACAUUACGGUUAGCGCACAACCAGAUUACUACUAUUCAUCCGGGGGCAUUUCGAAACACCUCUGGGACUCAGCUCCGACACCUGGACCUGUCGUCCAAUCAGCUUCGUGUUUUGGAGCAGCAUUAUUUCCUAGAUUUGCCUGGACUGGAGGAACUGCUGCUGUUCAACAACCGUAUUGUCCACGUGGAGAGCAGAGCUCUGGCUGGACUGAGCAGCCUCCGCAAGGCCUACCUCAGUCAUAACCGUCUCACCGACUUCCCCUUCUUUUCCUUCCAAGAGCACAGCCACCCUCACCUGUCCAUGCUGGACCUGUCCUCGAACCGCCUGCCCAAACUACCCCUGCAGGACAUAUCGAACUUACCCGCUUCAGUCCAGAAAGGACUCUACCUCCACAACAACUCCCUGGUGUGUGAGUGCUCCAUGUAUGGACUGUUCCGGCACUGGGAACAGAGAGGCUUCAACGCUGUGACUGAGUUCAGGCAGGAACACACCUGUCUGGUCUACGGGAUACAGAAAGGUACUGUGCGCUUCUUCCAGCACAGCCGCUACUUUGAAAACUGCAACUUGACUGUGAUGAGUGGGCUGCUGAGAGAGCAGGAGAGCAGCGUUUCAGUGAAGGCGGGAAAAGCAGUGCUGCUGCACUGUGUGACCACGCUGUCCGGACAGCAUGUCACCUUUCUCUGGGUGUCUCCGAAUCAGGAGUACGUGGCACCGCCAGGAAACAACGAAUCAUUAAAGAUGUACGCCAACGGUAGCCUGGAGAUUGUGGCGGCACGUGCAGAGGAUUCUGGCAUCUACUGGUGUAUGGCUCUGGACCAGCAGCAGCAGCGCAACGAAACGCGGGAGGUCAACGUGACCGUGGUGCAGCACCCUGACAGCGAUCCUCACGAGUCCUUCAACACUGGAUUCACCACCCUGCUGGGCUGUGUGGUGAGCCUAGUGCUGGUCCUCAUGUACCUCUACCUGACGCCCUGCCGCUGCCCUCCCUGUCGUCCUAAGGCCUCGACCCCCGCCACGGGCACCGUGAGCCAGGGGAACGAGGCCGGGGCAGGGAGCGCCCAGUCCUCCAUCCUCACCCCAACCCCACCGGCAACCACAGAGGGCCCGGGCCGCAAGGUCAGUACCAACAAGCAUGUGGUCUUUCUGGAGCCGAUCAAAGAACAGCAGAACGGCAGACUCAGGGCGGGGCCGGUAGCUGGGGCGGUGCAAGGACACCUGGGGCCGGGUUUACUGCUAGGGCCAGAGCAGCAAGGAAAGCUGCACAACCAGUCGCAGCAGAGGGCAGGAGAGACGGACUCCAUCAUGUCCGUGUUCUCUGACACUCCCAUCAUGUUGCCUUAGCGACGGGACUAACCGAGACACAGACUGGCACUAUCAUCACCUCACACUCACUUCCUGUUUCCCAGGUGACCUCCUUCCCACCUGGCACUGCACACAGCACGAGACCUGAGCAAACCAGUAAUCCCAUCCUGAAUAAGAGCUUUUAAAACGUAUCUCUGCUUUAGGCUUUGAGGCUAUCAAACUGCCUCAUGAAACAGAUCAAGUGCAAUUUUAAGUGAUUGAAUACUGUUGAAUAAUUUAUAAUAAUAAUAAAUUUACAUGUAUUAUAGUUUGCCCAGGUCUGCCCACUAAGCCCUACAGCCAUGAACCAUCGCACUGUGACGGGACGGGCUCAGACUGACUGACAGGGUAGGGAGGCUGCUUAUGGAGAACACGGAGAGGCAGGCAGGGCAGCGCCAGUACGAACAUGUCAGGAUCAGGACAGACCGAAAAUAGCGGGGAGAAGAUGCGAGUACUGCCUCAAAGUGUGAGCCAGGAAAACCGAGACGAGAUUAGAGGACAAAGAGAGCAGAAACACGUCUGAAAGGAUGUCAGGGAUGUUUUCCACGAUGAGCAUGGACUGCUACUCAAAGUGGACAGGGCUGUCCCUUUAAGCACGGCUUGUACCUUUAAUGAACAUUUGCUGCAGAUGCCUUCUUGUCUCAUACAGAGAUACAGAGAAAAAAAAACAACCUUUUUGUAGAGCUUUAUAGCGUUUGAUUACUUUCUUCCCAGAGCUGGUGUGUCAGUUGAUUAGAGCCAAAACAAUCUGCAUAGUGUAGCUCAGUCACAAAGUGAAAUGUUUUAGAGUAGACAAGCUCAAGGAGAAGAAGAACUUUUAGCAAGUAAAAAUAGAAGCUGUUUCAAGGUUUGAUUCUCAACUCCUCCUCCUCCUCCUCCUCCUCCUCUCCCCUGCAACAUGACUACUGUCAUCAGUCAGGAAUUCAGGAAAACAAAAGGGAAAUAUAUAAUAAAUAAACAAACCUUUAAACAGUCAGUAGAAAUGCUUUGCGCUGGAGAAGAAGCACCAUUGUCUGGCGACUUCAUUUGGAACUUUUCUUUCCAAAGGUUUAAUCGAUGAGCUCUUUUUAUUUUGUUCACCACGUCUGAGACAAUAAAUGUGACAAAGUGUCAUUGACAAAGAAAAGAUUUGUCUUUGUGUUGUGAAUGUACAGCAGGAUUGACAGGACAAUCAGGGCAGUUUUCGUUUUUAUUGUCUUCACUGCAUCUCCCCCUCGUCACUCUCCUCCUUCCUGUGUCUCUCUGUGUGUUAAUAAACCUCUGCAUCUGGACCGUCCAGGUCGACGUCUGCCUUCUUAUUGCUCCUUAUGCCGUGUGUGUUUGUGUGUGUGAUUCUGCAUGCGUCCCUGCAGCCACAACCUGAGCCCAUUCAGCCAAUCGACAGCUUGUUUCUGUUUGCAGGCAGUUCAAGCAAAAGACUUCACAAUGAGUGAGACAUCGAUCGAUCACAGGGAAAGAAACCAAAGCAGACUUUCAAAACGGAAAAGAAAGUAUUGCAAGAAUAUAAUUUACCUAAAACACAGAGACUCACAGCAGCAGAUCAGAUGACACAUUAAACCUGCCUGUUUGGUGAUAUUACAGCCUCCACCACCACCAUCCUCACCGUACUCUGUCACGAUCAA